UCCAGGGUGAUCCAACAGGGCUCAGGCAAACAGGCACUGCCAUAAGAGGUGCAAAAUUGUUUGCUCCGCAAAUGGGAAUUUGGGCAGAACCUGGUGUUGCCACGUCUGUAGGCAUGCAGGAAAGUUCUCAGGGGAAGGCCCUCCUCAACGACCAUCCAUGUCAGAUCCUUCUUUGUUCAAGAGUUCCUUGUCCAUGAGCCUUUUAGAAACUACAAAUUUCCACACUGUCUCUGCUGAGCCCUGAACUACAUUUAGGAAACAACAUAUCAUAUUCUCGUACUUGGGAAAAAGCAGAGAUGCCACAAGAUUCUGAAACAUUGAAAAUAGUAGAACAGCAGCUUAAGUCAGGAAAUGGCUUGGCAGACUGGAUGAUUGAGAAAAACAAGAUCCAAAACCAUAAUGGAGAAUUCUCCUUAUUUACUCUGGGGAUGCUUUCAGCCAGAAAGGACGAGCAGCUGUCAGGUCAGCCCUCACACCAGAGCCUGAAGCCAUCAAGAGCUGGAAGAGAAGGACAGCUAUACUGCCGGAGAACGCAAUCUCACAGAUACCUGACGGCCAGUGUAUCAGAGUCAGCCGUAAAUGACCCCUCUAUUGAUCUGAAACCACAAAUUACUACUUACUCUGUCCUGUUUGGUCGGCCUACAAGAUCUAGUCUUUUACGGGCGGCACAUCAAUCUGCAUGUGUAAGUAGCGGCAUUCCAGUGGAGCAUGGACUGAAGAAAAUUUCUUCUGAAGCUUGCUCAGGAAGAGCUUCCAGGCAGAAAGGAAUCAUGAUGAAAAUGCCCAGGGUGCUGAAUUCGAACAACGCCAAGUCCGGGCUUCAAAUGAUGUUUCUAGAAGAGACGGUCCAUUCUUUUCUGAUAGGAGCGCGAUACAACAGGAACUACCUUGACUCUCAGGCUUUCCAGAAAUAUGGACUAUUCGUAUCCAGAUGUGAACCAAAUGUAUCAUUUCUCACCCAGUGCAGUGCAGAUCAUAAGAAGAGACUGGAUAAGAGCAAAGAGCUGAUUCAACAGUCACUAAAACUGGAAAAUUCUGAACUUAAAGUUCUGGAAAAACAUUGAAGACAUUUUUCCCCUUUUCCUUACAAAGGAAGAAAAAACGACGGAAUUUAUAUAUCAUUUAAAGGAGUUUUAUCAUGCCCCCUUUUGGAAAAGUUUACUUCAAAUCAAACAUUUUAUAUUUCUCCAUAGUAAAUGCUUACUUA